GAUAAGAAAUACCAAUGACCUAAAUGAAGUGUCAAGUGACAGUAUAGUCAUGUCAAUUGUCUACUUAACUGUUUUUGUUAUUUUGUCAGAGAAAAUAUCAGCUGUUUCACUAUAAACAAUCGUGUUCAUGAAAACUUUUGUAAUAAUUUAAAUCGUAAAGUAUGCUUUAGAUAAUAAGUUAAAAUAAAGGUUAUAUAUCUAAACCUGCUUCAAUGUUAACUAGAUUUUGUAUCUAAAUCAAAAUACGGCUAAUACGGCUAAAAGUUACAUAACUCGUUUAAAGAAUGGCAGCGAAAAAAGUUUUAAUUGGUGGUGGUACAGGAUUUGUGGGAACUCGUACAAAUAAACUUUUAAGGGCCAGUGACUACAAUGUUGUCAAUAUAUCCAGAAUGCCUGCUGCCAAUAAUAUAUCUUGGACAUCAUUAGAGGCAUCUGGAUUGCCAUCAAAUACUUGUGCUGUAGUCAAUCUGGCUGGCCAGCAAUUCAUGGAUUUUACAAAAAUAUGGACUCCAGGAUUCAAACAAAAUGUUCUGAACUCACGGGUAUUUACAACAAGAGCAUUAGCCACAGCAAUAAACAAAAGCAAAAAUAAACCCAAAGUGUUUGUUUUGGUAACUGGUGUUGGUGCCUAUGAGCCAUCUGAAACUAAUAAAUAUGAUGAGUCUAGUCCUUCAACAGGCAAUGAUUUCUUUUCAAAACUCCUUGUUGAAUGGGAGAAAGCUGCUUAUGUAGAUCCACCUGUCCGACUUGUAAUUAUCAGAUCUGGAGUGGUGUUAGGUCGCGAAGGUGGUAUGAUUAAGAAUAUGAUACUGCCAUUUUUUUUUGGCCUUGGUGGCCCAAUUGCGUCUGGUAAACAAUUCCUACCUUGGAUUCAUAUAGAGGAUUUAACCAGACUAAUUCAAUUUUCAAUAGAAAAUCAAGAAGUUAAAGGCAUAUUAAAUGGUGUUGCUCCUCAAGUUAUUACUAAUGUAGAUUUUACAAAGGCAUUUGCUAAAGCACUAUCGCGGCCAGCGUUCUUUACAGUCCCGGAAUUUGUACUUAAUAUUCUUCUACACAAGGAAAGAGCGAUGAUGUUAACUAAGGGCCAACAUGUUACCCCCAAAAGAACAUUAGAAUAUGGUUUUCAAUUCAAGUACCCCAAUAUAGAUGCAGCGUGUGCAGAAUGUGCUCACUUAUUCUCAAAGAAUUAAUUUACUCUGAAUAUAUUAAGUAAUAAUUAUUUAUAAU